CUCGGGCUCCUGUGAGCGGUGCGAAGACACUUGCUGUGCAGAGAAGAGCCAGUGAACGCAGCUCCGGACAAACAAAACAGAUCACUUUCACCCACAAAAUCCAACAUGUCUUCAAAGUGCCCCAAGUGUGAGAAGACGGUGUAUUUCGCUGAAAAGGUGUCAUCACUGGGGAAAGACUGGCACAAGAUGUGUCUCAAGUGUGACCGCUGCAACAAGCUCCUGAACGCCGGAGGCCACGCUGAGCACGAUGGACGGCCCUACUGCCACAAACCGUGCUAUGCUGCCCUCUUUGGGCCAAAAGGAGUGAACAUCGGUGGAGCUGGCUCUUAUGUGUACGAUGCUCCCGCCAACAACAACCCCACCAGCGUGGAUUCAGCCCCAAAAGCUGAGGAGAAGCGAGUGUUUGUCCCCAAGGCAGCACCCAAAGCUGCUGGAAGCAUCACCACCUUUUCUGGAGAGGCCAACCUGUGUCCCCGAUGCAGCAAGAAGGUGUAUUUUGCUGAGAAGGUGACAUCACUGGGUAAGGACUGGCAUCGACCCUGUCUGCGCUGUGAGAGGUGCAGCAAGACUCUGACUCCUGGCAGCCAUGCAGAGGUGAGGCAAAGACUGAGAAAACAAAGACGGAGGAAUACUGCGAAGAAGAAAAUAACUACUAGGGUCGCACAAUAAAUAUAAAUUUGAUAA